UUAUACUAGGGGAUAUAUACUAUGGGAUAGCAUUCGUAAUUUUGGUCAACGUUUCGUGUGGAACCCUAAUUAGUAGGUAACAAUUGAACUGGUACAAAUCACCCAACCCUACUACACAUGUUCAGAUGAGCCACGACAACUAAUUCAAGCUGGAAGCUGUCGGACCACAUGCAGAACGAUUUGUUGACAUGACAUGUUUAGGCUUACAGUGGUGAGACAAUGUUGGGGACCAACUGGUUCCUACAGGGAGGAGGUGGAUCAGUGAAACGCUUUGUACCUUGACUCUCCCUUCAGUUCACCAGACAGCAGAAUGAAGAGCAGAGCUUCACACGAAGGGGAGAAGUAAAUUACUAAUGAUCACUACUGUAAGUUUUUGGGUCGUGUGUAAUAUGCUAGUGAUACAGUGCAUUUGAAAAGUAUUCAGACCGUAUUCUGACUUUUUCCACAUUUUGUUACAUUACAGGCUUAUCCUAAAAUUGAUUAAAUUGUUUUUCCACCUCAUCAAUCUACAAGCAAUACCCCAUAAUAACAAUGCAAAAACAGGUUUUUAGAAAUUUUAGCAAAAUUAUACAAAUAAAAAAAACGUCGAUAUCACAUUUACGUAAGUGUUCAGACCCAUUACUCAGUACUUUGUUAAAGCACCUUUGGCAGAAAUUACAGCCUCGAUUCUUCUUGGGUAUGACGCUACAGGCUUGGCACACCUGUAUUUGGGGAGUUUCUCCCAUUCUUCUCUGCAGAUCCUCUCAAGCUCUGUCAGGUUAGGUGGGGAGCGUCGCUGCACAGCUAUUUUCAGGUCUCUCCAAAGAUGUUUGAUCGGGUUCAAGUCCGGGCUCUGGAUGGGCCACUCAAGGACAUUCAGAUACUUGUCCCAAAGCCACUCCUGCGUUGUCUUGGCUGUGUGCUUUGGGUUGUUGUUCUGUUGGAAGGUCAACCUUUGCCCCAGUCUGAGGUCCUGAGCGCUCUGGAGCAGGUUUUCAUCAAGGAUCGCUCUGUACUUUUCUCUGUUCAUUUUCCCCUUGAUCCUGACUAUUGUCCCAGUCCCUGCUGCUUAAAAACAUCCCCACAGCAUGAUUCUGCCAGGAUGGUGCCAGGUUUCCUCCAGAUGUGACGCUUUGCAUUCUGGCCAAAGAGUUCAAUGUUGGUUUCAUCAGACCAGAAAAUCUUGUUUCUCAUUUCUCUGAGAGUCCUUUAGGUGCCUUUUGGCAAACUCUGUCAUGUUCCUUUUACCGAGGAGUGGCUUCCGUCUGGCCACUCUACUGUAAAGCCCUGAUUGGUGGAGUGCUGCAGAGAUAGUUGUUCUUCUGGAAGGUUCUCCCAUCUCCACAGAGGAACUCUGGAGCUCUGUCAGAGUGACCAUCAUGUUCUUGGUCACCUCCCUGACCAAGGCCCUUCAUCCCCGAUUGGUCAGUUUGGCCGGGGGACCAGCUCUAGGAAAAGUCUUGUUGGUUCCAAACUUCUUACAUUUAAGAAUGAUGGAGGCCACUGUGUUCUUGGGGACCUUCAAUGCUGCAGACAUUCCCCAAAUCUGUUCCCCGACACAAUCCUGUCUCGGAGCUCAACGGACAAUUCCUUCGACCUCAUGGCUUGGUUUUUGCCCUGACAUACACUGUCAACUGUGGGACCUUAUAUAGACAGGUGUGUGCCACUCCAAAUCAUGUCCAAUUAAUUGAAUUUACCACAGGUGGACUCAAGGAUGAUCAAUGGAAACAGGAUGCACCUGAGCUCAAUUCCGAGUCUAAUAGCAAAGUGUCUGAAUACUUAUGUAAAUAAGGUAUUUCUGUUUUGGAUUUGUAAUAAAUUUGCUAACAUUUCUAAAAACCUGUUUUAACUUCGUCAUUAUGGUGUAUUGUGUGUAGAAUGAUGAGGAAAGAAUUGUAUUUAAUACAUUUUAGAAUAAGGCUGUAACGUAACAAAAUGUGGAAAAACGGAAGAGGUCUGAAUACUUUCUGAAUGCACUGCAUUGUUUUUCGCUUAGCCAGUAAUGUCGGUUAUAGACCCUUUCUAGCUUGAGUCGCAAGAAAAUACCAAUCCUGGUCCUGGAGAGCUAGGUGUGCAGGCUUUAGUUCCAGCCCAGUACUAAUACACCUGACUAGCUACAACGGUGGGACUGUAAUGAUUUUCCCGGGUAGGGGGCUCGGCUUGGAUGCAUUUGACUUUUAAGAAUGCUGCAUGACUAUCAUGGCAGAUGAGUCAUGUGUAUCUGAAGUCUAUUGCAGAUAUCUUCCUCAUGUCUUAUCCUCAGUGAUCCAAAAUGUCUUCUGUUGCUGAGCUUCUGCUGGCCACUCUGGAGGACCUGCUCGAAGUAGAUCUAAAGACGUUUAAAUGGCGCCUGACCCAGGACGUGCUGGAAGGCUUUCCUCACAUUCCAGUGAGCCAGCUGGAGAAUGCUGAUAGACUGGACAUUACAAACACGAUGGUGGAGACCUAUGGUCCUGAGGGAGCUGUGAAGAUCUCACUGGAAAUCCUGAGGAAGAUGAAUCAGAACCAACUGUCUGAUAGGUUAAAGAACCAGUACAAUGAGGCCCCGAGUGCUCCAGUGGUUUUAGAAGUCAGAGUCCAAGACAAACUGAAAUCCUACCUUAAGAAGAAGUACGGCUGUAUAUAUGAGGGGACGUCAAAGGAAGGUGAUUUCAUCUACCUAGACCAGAUCUACACUGAGCUCCAUGUGAUCGAUGGGGCCUGGGGAGGGGUCAGAGAUGAGCAUGAGGUCAUACAUUUGGAAUCCAGAACACUAGCCACAGGAGAGACCACUAUUGAAGCCAGCAACAUUUUCAAACCCCGACCUGAUCAAAAGAAGCCCAUCAGAACAGGGCUUACACUGGGCAUCGCUGGCGUGGGAAAGACUGUCUCCGUUCAGAAGUUUAUUCACGACUGGGCAGAAGGAAAGGAGAACCAAGACAUUGAUUUCAUCUUUCCACUUCCUUUUUGCAAAAUUAAUUCUAAUAUGGGGGAAAAGGACUGCAGUCUGAUUGAACUGCUUCAUCAAUUCUUCACUGUCAUGGGACCGGUGAAGACCCUGGGGGAAGGUUCUAAAGUUCUGUUCAUCUUUGAUGGUCUGGACGAGAGUCGACUUCCUCUGAACUUCAACAGUAAGGUUCUGACAGACGACACAAAGCCAGCCUCGCUGGACCAACUGAUCACAAACCUCAUCACAGGAGAGCUCCUCCCCUCUGCUCUCAUCUGGAUAACCUCCCGACCUGCUGCAGCCAAUCAGAUCCCUCGUCAACACAUCCACCAGUGGACAGAGGUACAAGGGUUCAAUGACCAACAGAAGGAGAAGUACUUCACGAAGAAAAUUAGUGAUAAGAACCUGGCCAGCAGAAUCAUCAACCAUGUCAAGUCAUCAAGGAGCCUCCACAUCAUGUGCCACAUACCAGUGUUUUGUUGGAUUUUAGCCACUGUUCUAGCGAAGCUGUUGGAUGAAGCAGGGAGUGGAGAUUUGCCCAAAACCCUGACUGAGACAUACUUACACUUCCUGAUCUUUCAGACAGACAGGAUGAGAGCAAAAGGGAACUCCGUAGGAAGUGACAACAUAGUCCUCAAACUUGGAGAGCUGGCAUUUCAUCAGCUGGAGAAGGGAUAUCUUAUCUUCUAUGAGGAAGACCUGACAGAGUGUGGCAUUGGAGUCAGAAAAGCAUCCGUGUACUCAGGAUUGUGCACCGAGAUCUUUAAGGUGGAGGGGAGGACCAGUCAGAAGACAGUGUUCAGCUUUGUUCAUCUGAGCAUCCAGGAGUGUCUUGCUGCUGUUUAUGUGUUUCUCACAUUCAUAAACUGCAAUAAAAACCCACUGGUCCAACAGAACUCCUCCUUUUUGCGGAAACUUCGGAAACACCAACCUAUGAUGAACUUACUCAAGAGUGCAGUGGACAAGGCUCUAAAGAGUAAGAAUGGACACCUGGACCUGUUCCUCCGUUUCCUUCUGGGCCUCUCACUGGAGUCCAAUCAGACUCUCCUACAAGGCCUACUGACACAGACAGGAAGCAGCUCACAGACCAAUGAGGAAAUAGUUGAGUACAUCAAGAUGAAGAUCAGGAAGAAUCCCUCUCCGGAGAGAUGCAUCAAUCUGUUCCACUGUCUGAGUGAGCUGAAUGACCAUUCUCUAGUGAAGGAGAUCCAAAGAUACCUGAGCUCAGGAAGUCUCUCAGCAGCCAAACUGUCACCUGCACUGUUUUCAGCUCUGGUGUUUGUGUUGCUGACUUCAGAAGAAGAGCUGGAUGUGUUUGACCUGAAGAAAUACUUUAGAUCAGAGGAGGGUCUUCUGAGGAUGCUGCCAGUAGUCAAAGCCUCCAGAACAGCCCUGCUGAAUCAAUGUAACCUCUCAAAACGAUGCUGCAAAGCGCUGGGCACAGCUCUCAUCUCCUCACACUUGAAAGAGCUGGAACUGAGUGGCAACGACCUGCAGGAUUUAGGAGUGAAGCUGCUCUCUGCUGGACUGCAAAGUCCACAAUGUAAACUGGUGACACUGAAGCUGUCAGGCUGUCAGGUCACAGAGGAAGGAUGUGCUGCUCUGGCUUCAGCUCUGAGGUCAAACCCCUCCCACCUGAGAGAGCUGGACCUGAGCUACAAUGACCCAGGAGACUCAGGAGUGAAGCUGCUCUAUGCUAUAUGGGAGGAUCCACACUGUAAACUGGAGAAACUCAAUGUGGACCAUGGUAGAAGGUGCAGGUUAAAAUCAGGGCCCCAAAAAUAUGCCUGUGAUCUGACACUGGACCCAAACACAGCACACAGAACCCUCUCUCUGUCUGAGGAGAACAGGAAGGUGGAAUGGACCUGGAGGGAGCAGCCGUAUUCUGAUCACCCAGAGAGAUUUGAGGACUAUGAACAGGUGCUGUGUAGAGAGGGUCUGACUGGGUGCUGCUACUGGGAGGUAGAGUUGAGUGGGAGGGCUUGUAUCGCGGUAACAUAUAAAGGAAUCAGCAGGAGAGGAAAGGGUCCUGACAGUCGGCUUGGAGCCAAUGACAAGUCCUGGAAUCUGAACAGCUUUUAUGACAGUUACUCUGCCAGGCACAAUUAUAAGAGAACUGACAUACCUGUCCCCACGUCCCGCUCGAACAGAGUGGGAGUGUAUCUGGACUGGCCGGCCGGCACGCUGUCCUUCUACAGCGUCUCCUCUGACACACUGACCCACCUGCACACAUUCCACUCUACAUUCACUGAGCCCGUCUACCCAGGGUUUUAUGUAAGGGGUGACACGGGGACUGUGACCCUGUGUCAGGUAGAAUAACCUCCUGUGUCCUGGGGGAACACCUGAGUCUUCAGAGAAGUCAUACUCCUGUUCAAUCACAUCUGGGUGAAUAUACUGUACAUCUCUAAAGCUGCCUGACCUUGUAACUAGAAUCACCCCAUUGCUGUAAAAAAAACUCCCAUUUAAAAUCUCUUGUUGUUAUUGCUUUUCUUUAUUGUUUGUAAUAAAAUGUUUCUAGAAUGUU